AUGGACGACCUGCACUUGUCGCUGCUUGACACUGCACAUUGUCUGCGUGCUCCUCUUUGCAAGCUUCCCUUUGACUUCUUCGGCAUACUUUGCGCUUUGGUUUACACUGGUAGACGCCGCGACAUCGUGUCCUCGGGAGUCACGUUCUCGCGCAGCACAGCACAGUGCACCCGAUCUACAGCUGCUUUUGGUCAGCUGCCACGCCGGCAGACCCAGAUAUACACCACACCUGCGGCGCACAUUAACACAAGCGCCGGUGCGCCUAGAGACAUCACCAUGAAUGGCACUGCAACCACCGCCGCCAUGUCCCAGGAAGAGCAGUCGCAGCGAGGCAGCGGAGGGAGUUCCUUCACCUCCACCCGCUCGACAAGUGGUAGAUCGCGGCAACAGAAUCCGCAACAGCAGCUCUCCACCAUCGAGAAAUCCGUCACUCACCUCCUCGUCGCUACGAAACAGCUCCUGGAGACACUCACCAUGUGGUCGACACAGCGCGCCAGCGAGUCCGAGGUCUCCGAUGUAUACGUUCGAUUGGGAUACGAGUUUAACAUAGCUUGUCGGGCUUUCAAUGCGAUCGGCGUGGAGACGAACGACUUGGGCCCCGUCCCCGACAUGUUGCGCGGUAUACUAGAGGAGACAUUAUCACAGGACGCCAGUCAGCAGAGCUUGGAGAAGUACUUGCCUAGGAUCAGGGACAUCAUCAUCAACUUACUGCAUGGUCUCAAGAAGAAACAGCAGCGAUUACGACAGCGGAGUAACAGAGAAGGUGCCGGUGAAUCAUCCACGAGGCCCCCCAGGCAGGCCUCAACUGCGAGUACCCUGAGUAUUGCCACAAACCUCACGGAGCAGCUGGAAAACAUACCGUCGAGAUACAGUAGCCAGAGGUCGUUUGCCCAGCGGCAAGGGAGCGGAGAUCUCAGUGGACCAGAUCUGCCUCCACGGACAACGAGCGUCCCAGGCGGACGAACCUCCCCCAAGAGGCAUGGUCUCAGCCCGCAGAACAGCAUCAGCGUACAACAGCCGCAGCAAGACAGUCUCAGCACGUCAGCAAGCACUUCUUCCCUGUCUAGCAACACCAUGCAGAAUAUCCCAGUCAUUGCGCCAUAUCCUGAAGGAGAUACGAUGCCCACGAACCAAGGAUACGGUCAGGACCAAUCAUCACCAGAACGACCCAAGCCGCCGCCGAAAGCCAACGAUGCGCUCACGGCCCUGCAACGAGGAGGGGAGCUGGAGAGACGAGCCUCGAGGCGAUUCUCAGCAUACCAAAUCCAAAAACAUCUGGGCGGCGGCAGUAUGAGUGGCAUAGGCGCAAUACCACCCAGUCAGAACUCGCCCGUACCGAAUAGAGGUCGGGAUGCGCGCGAGUCCAUGAAUGCGGUGAGGUCAAGGGCGAGCAUGUUACACAGCCGAGCUCGGUCACGGAACCAAAAGACGACCUUUGAAGCAUCGCCAAACCGCGACCUGGAUGUGAGGAGGAUAUCAGAGGCAGAUGAGAACACAUCGCAGCACGCAGAAUUGGAGGCUCCACCGGCGCCUUUCGCGAACGACGAUCAGGCCGAUAGUCCACUAGUCAGGACUCCUGAAGAUAAGCUGGCAGGGUUCUUCCCUGCGCCGCCAGCGGACAACUCGAUCGGCGCGACUUUGAACGGACCUGUUGAGGAGCCUUUCACGCCGGGAGGUAGCCUGGCCAACGAUGAGCACGAGGAGCCAACGUCGACAAUCAAGCGGGGGCAGUCAGUGCGCAUGGCCAGAGACUACACUCCUCCAGUAUCUCAAUUUCUGCCAGAAGACUCCCCCCAGCCAGGGAAACAGCUCACACUCUUCUUGCAAUACAAAAGCAAGAUCAAGAAGUUUGUGCUCCCCGACGGAGGUCAACUCACUUUGGCUAGGUUGCAGUUGGCCUUCAUCGAGAAGUUCAAUUGGAAUACUCACAACAACGGCGUCGACCUUCCCGAUAUAUAUAUUCAGGACCCAGUGUCUGGGGUACGUCACGAGCUUGACGACAUCAAUGAUGUCAAGGAACGUGCUGUGUUGGUGUUGAACGUCGAAGCGCUCGAUGAAGUCAAACGCCACUUCGACGAUGGCAUUGGUGGUCUGCGGCGCAUCGUCGAAGGCAUCAAGACGAGCGUCGAUGAUCAGCAAUCAGCGUUGCAAAGAGUGUCCGAGCGGCAGCAGGAGACCGCAAAGGAGCUUGCAAGCCUGGCUGCGGCACCUCCACCCGUCGCGGCAUCUCGACCAUCUAGCACACCAACCACUGCCGCGAGAGGCUUGUCCGGAAACCUUAAAGAGGUGCAGUCAUUACGCCGCGACCUUGCGGUCGUGCGUCAGACAUACAAAUCUUUCAUGGCAGACACCGAGUCAAUGAUGUCUACCCUGCGCUCAAAGGCCCUCGGCGUCAAGAAGGCUGCAGCAGACACUCUGAUUCCCGACAUGGAUGAGGCAACCGGGCGCUCCUAUGUCAACAAAGGCAAGAAAACCCUCGGAACCGACAGUGAACGCAUCGUCGAUCGUGUCGACAGCCUCCAGGACAUCGUCGAAGACCUGCGCAAAGACGUCGUGCAACGUGGUGUCAGACCGCUUGCACGGCAGCUCGAGGAUGUCAGCAAGGACAUCAGCACCGCCACUGCAGAGCUCAAAAAGAUGCAAGAGUUCCUCAAGCGCGAGAAGCCCAUCUGGACAAAGAUCUGGGAGAAGGAGCUGCAGGUUGUCUGUGAUGACCGAGACUUGCUCACCAUGCAAGAAGAGCUUGCGGCUGAUCUUGAAGAUGACCUCGACAAAGCAGCGCAGACUUUCGCGCUGGUCGAACAAGCGACGAAACAGCAGAACCUGGCGAACCCGAAUGGGCAUGUCGGCGGAUCGCGGUCCUCAAGCAGAACUCUCGCCAUCGACCAAGGCGCCGACCCGCACAAAGCCAAAGACGGCGUCCUGGGUGAAGUCCGAGCGCUUCAACCCAACCACGAGUCUCGAUUGGAAGCCAUCGAGCGUGCUGAACGAGCUCGGCAACGCGAGCUCGAGAAUCGUCAAGGCGGUGAGUUUCAGCGCGAACUCGGCAACUUCGUCGAGGAAGGCAAGCUCAAAAAGACUGGUGGGCACGAAGAAGUUGAGCGCAUCCGCCAGCAGCGCGAAGAGAAAGCCCGUCAAGAAGCUGCCGAUCUCGCCGAGCAACGACGUAGGGAAGGCAGAAAGCGACAAGAGGAGGUUGCUGCUGCUGCUGCUGCCGAGACAGCCGCUGCAGAACCACAAGCGCCUGUGGACGAAGUCAUUGACAAUGGAGACAAGCUCGAAAUUCCCACUGAGCCUCACAGCGAGAGUCACAGCCCCGAGCCGAACUUCGAGGAUGCCAAGGAAGAGGUCAACACUCCUUCGACAGAGGCAGCGCCGUAG